AUUAAAUCCAGGAUAACGUGGCUGAUAAAGCAAUAGGUGGUAUUAAGCUCUUCUCUCUUCAUUCCUCCAUUCACCAUUCCAUUCCAUUACUUUACCUUCACUUUUCUAUUUCUGCAUCAUGUCCCUUACAACCAACAGCACUUCAGAUAUUCCAAGCCCUGAGAUCCGAGGACGUGAGCGUCAGGGCUCCUUUGGAGGAUCAAAUAAGGUCAAGGUGCUCAAGCCCUUCAAUACUGCCAAUAUUAAAAUCCUCCUGCUUGAGAAUGUGAAUGAGACUGCUGUUACUGCGCUGAAAGGUCAAGGCUAUCAGGUUGAGACACAUGCCAAGGCAUUAGCAGAAGAUGUAUUGAUUGAAAAGAUCCGGGAUGUUCAUUGUAUUGGUAUCCGUUCCAAGACCAAGUUGACAAAGAAGGUAUUGGAUGCAGCUGAGAAGUUGGGCGUGAUUGGAUGUUUCUGUAUCGGAACCAACCAAGUGGAUCUGGAGCAUGCAGCCCAAAAGGGCAUUGCAGUCUUCAAUUCACCCUUCUCAAACUCAAGAUCCGUAGCAGAAUUGGUCAUUGCGGAAAUUGUAUUGUUGUCAAGGCAGUUGGGAGAUCGUAACAUGGAAAUGCAUCAGGGUAAUUGGCAGAAGGUCUCUGCUAAUUGCUAUGAGAUCCGUGACAAGACUCUUGGAAUUGUUGGAUAUGGACACAUUGGCUCACAACUGUCGGUCCUUGCAGAGUCCAUGGGAAUGCGCGUGCGCUUCCAUGAUGUGGUCCCUUUGAUGCCUCUUGGCACCAGCAAACAGGUUGGCUCGCUAGAUGAGCUUCUCGAGAUCUCUGACUUUGUAACCUUGCAUGUCCCAGAGACUGAGGAGACAAAGAAUAUGAUUGGAGCACAUGAACUUAGCAAGAUGAAGAAGGGCUCUUUCUUGAUUAAUGCCUCUCGCGGUACUGUUGUACAGAUCCCAGCUUUGGCUCAAGCUCUUCGCUCUGGACACCUCGGCGGUGCAGCUGUUGAUGUUUUCCCAAAGGAGCCUGCUGCAAACGGAAAGUAUUUUGAAUCAGAGUUGAUGGGAUGCCCCAAUACGUUGUUGACACCCCAUAUCGGAGGAUCAACUGAAGAAGCUCAGUCAAUGAUUGGAGUCGAAGUUUCACAGGCAUUGAUCAAGUUUAUCAACUACGGUACCUCCAUUGGUGCUGUCAACUUCCCAGAGGUUGACCUGCGUGCGAUCAAGGAUGAAGAAAACUCGAUUCGUCUGUGCUACACACAUUCGAAUGUCCCUGGAGUCCUGCGUCAAAUCACCAACAUCCUCGCAGAUCACAACGUCGACAAACAGUUUUCGGAUUCAAAGGGCAAGAUUGCUUAUUUGAUGGCUGAUAUUUCGGAUGUGACCCCAGAGCAGAUUCAGGAUAUUUACCGUCGUGUUACCGAGACUCCUACCAACAUUGUCACUCGUGUCUUGUAUUAAACCUUUCUGGGAAACAUGUUAUACGCUCAAUCUUCCCACGUAUCUCUUUUUUUGUAACUAUCUGAUUUUUUGUACUGUUUGUUCAUUUGAAUUGCACCGAAUAAAAUAAAUAAAUAUAGUGAUUUAUAAACGGA